AUCAUCCUCCUGCGAUGCGAGCAUCGUUUUGGUGGAGAUAGGGCAUCCUCCCAACCCUUCGACACCCAUGACUACCGACUAGGGUCGCUCAUUAACGGACAAACAGAGGGGAUUUAAGGACAGUAUUAUGGCGAAACACCGCAAAGACAGAGACAGCUGGGGUGAGUGGUCCCUCAGUGACAAAAAUGUCUACGACUGGAGCUCAGAGGAGGAGGAGCCGGACGGACGAGCCCGGCCCGUGCAGGUGCUGCUGGUCAAAGACGACCACACCUUCGAGCUGGACGAGGCGGCCCUGAGUCGCAUCCUGCUGGCGGAGGAGGUCAGAGACAGAGAGGUGGUGGCCAUCUCUGUGGCCGGAGCUUUCCGCAAGGGCAAGUCCUUCCUCAUGGACUUCAUGCUGCGCUACAUGUACAACCAUGCGUCUGAAACCUGGCUCGGCGAUUCAGAUGAGCCUCUGACCGGCUUCUCCUGGAGGGGGGGCUCAGAGAGGGAGACCACCGGGAUCCAGAUCUGGAGCGAGGUCUUCCUGGUGGACAAGCCAGACGGAAGAAAGGUGGCUGUGCUGCUAAUGGACACACAGGGCACGUUUGACAGCCAGUCGACACUGAGGGAUUCAGCCACUGUGUUUGCACUGAGCACCAUGAUCAGCUCCAUGCAGGUUUACAACAUCUCUCAGAAUGUACAAGAGGACGACCUUCAGCAUUUGCAGCUCUUCACAGAGUACGGCAGACUAGCGAUGGAGGAGACUUUCCUCAAACCGUUCCAGUCCAUGAUCUUCCUGGUUCGAGACUGGAGCUUUCCAUACGAGUUUCCCUACGGACAGGAGGGAGGCAUGAAGUUCCUGGAGAAGAGACUGAAGAUCUCAGAGAACCAGCACGAAGAGCUGCAGAACGUGCGUAAACACAUCCACUCCUGCUUCACCAACAUCUCCUGUUUCCUGAUGCCUCACCCCGGCCUCAAGGUGGCCACCAACCCACACUUUGACGGAAGAAUAAAAGAGAUCGACGGCGAGUUCAUAAACAACCUGAAGGUUUUGGUCCCGUGGCUCCUCAGUCCUCGUAACAUCGACGUGAAGGAGAUCAACGGCAGCGAAAUCACCUGCAGAGGCCUGGUGGAGUACUUCAAGGCAUACAUUAAGAUUUACCAAGGUGAGGAGCUGCCACAUCCAAAGUCCAUGCUGCAGGCGACAGCAGAGGCCAAUAAUUUGGCAGCAGUUGCAGCUGCAAAGGAUCUAUACAACAAGAAAAUGGAGGAGGUCUGCGGGGGGGACCGGCCCUUCCUGGCCCCCAGCGAGCUGCAGGCCCGGCACAGCGUCAUCAGAGAGGAGGCCCUGCAGGUGUUCCGGGGCGUGAAGAAGAUGGGAGGCGAGGAGUUCAGCCGCCGCUACCUGCAGCAGCUGGAGGGAGAGAUCGACGAGGUGUUUGUCCAGUACAUCAAGCACAAUGACUCCAAGAACAUUUUCCACGCAGCCCGCACGCCGGCCACCCUGUUCGUGGUCAUCUUUGUCAUGUACGUGGCUGCGGGGAUCACGGGCUUUGUGGGCGUGGACAUCAUUGCCAGCUUGUGUAACAUGAUCCUGGGUCUGGCACUGAUCACUCUCUGCACCUGGGCCUACAUCCGUUACUCCGGGGAGUACCGGGAACUCGGCGCCGUCAUCGACCAGGUGGCAGGUGCACUGUGGGACCAGGGGAGCACAAAUGAGGCUCUCUACAAGCUGUACAAUGUAGCAGCCAAUCACAGGCACCUGUACCACCACGCCUUCCCCGGCGGACCGCAGGUGGACGAGGUUGCGGAGGAGCAGGACAAGAAGAGGGACUGAUUAGAAAAGACAGGGUACAGCAGGGACUGACUGGUGAUGGACACGAGGAGGAGGAGGGAGCAGGAGGAGGAGGAGGAGGAGGAGGAGGAGCAACCUCACCCAUCAGGCACUCUUUUAUUCCAGUAUUGGCUGGUGCUGCCCACCAAUACAUCCACCACUUUAAACCUAAUAAGGGACUGUAUAAUGUUCAUGUAAAGGCAGAGCGUCCUCUCAGCGGGAGCCUGUUUCCAAGCGAUGGAUGCCAUUUAUCAUCGUCUCACUUUUUGUCUGUGAUAAAACACACACCUGUACAGAUCCUGCAGGCUCUCCUAGAGGAGACCUCGGCAUAUCCAACCUCCAGUCAGCUGUUGAUUUCACAUCAGACGGGUUUCUUUUUUCAUUUGUCACCGUUUGACGACGAUUUUUUCAAAGUAUAGCCAAAUCUGUGAACUCCCCAUUUGUGACGAUUGUUCUGUUCUUUGAAGUUUAGUGCUGUUUAUAAGAAACAAUAUCUAUGACCUGCGAUGUUUGAAAGCCAAAAUAUGUACUGUAUGUUAAAUAAUGACGCGUUACAAGCAUCAUCAGCAUGGUAAGUGGUUAAUGUCUGUCAUCUUUAAGCUCUUAAAACCAGGUAUACUUUAUAAAAAAUGAGUUUUAAUAGUUGUGACAAAGUGGUAUUGUGCCAUAACAUGUAAAAAAAAAAAAAAGGGAAAAAAAAAAGAUUUCACAUCUACUGCAGCCGGGCUACAUGCAGACACUGGAUGGCACAUUUAUUUAGUUGUUUUGUUUUGGAGGUUGAUUUCUGCAUCAGGGAGUUGCUUUGUGCUUCAUGACAGCACCGGGUGGAAAGACAAAAACCAGAAUAGUUCAAAGUUUACACAACAUAGCUGACAUUAUCUCUCACUUUGUAGUCUGCUUGCAGUUUUGUAAUUACGCAGUGAUCCUCUAUAUGUGUGUUUGGUCUUUGAGGUUGAGGGGAAAGAGCGUGUUUGGUUUCCAUUGUGAUGUAGAGGUGGCGGGUGAAAAACCAUUGUUGUGUUUCUCUCUGAAUGUUCGAGCAAAUCCGAGGAAUGUAGCUAUUCUGUGGCCACUGAGGAAUCAAAGCUAGUUGUUAUUAGGCGGGGCGACAGGCCUGCUUUGGAAAAAAAAAAGGAUCCUCAUUCCACAUCUCUUUCAUCAUCUUCACACACUUAAGUUGAAUCAUCUGUGAAGAACUGUUGCAUGGUGAAACAAGCCAGGCUCCGACUUUUUUUGUGUUUCCGAAACAGCUUGCAUUUAUAAACAAAAGGCUUGUAUUGGUGACGGCACUUUUUGGUGUUUGAAUACUUUGGCUUCGUAGACUGUUACUGUACAUUUGUAUAACUGUGGUUAUUGUUUUUCAGCUCACUGAAUACUCCAGGAUCAUAGAACAUCACAUACAGCUGCAGCACUGACAUGUUUUUUCUUUCUGGUCAGCAACAACAUUACAGUAUGGAAGCCUGUUUCUGCCAAUGUGACGAAAAAGAGUCGUUAUAAUGAGAAACCUGCUCCAAAUUACUUAGUAUGUCAAAAUAGUAACUUAGUAUCUCAAGAAAAUUAGAAACAUUAUUAGAAUAAUGACUUAGUAUCUUAGAAAUAAUGACUUUAUAUCUCAAAAUAAUGAUUUACCCCACAGUCAUAGCAAAACACACAGCUACAUGCACAGCUGCUAGAUUAUUUAUCUGCAUAGUAAAUUGCACCUCUAACAAAAAGAUGAACCUAGUAUUUGAAUAAUGGGGUGACCUUGAUUUAUAUAGUUCAUCGUAAUAAAACAUCGCUUACUGGAUCAACCUUUUGUCUGAAUUUUAUAACAGGAAGAAAGAGGUAAAGAACUGAAGCCAGUUCCCUACAUUAUUUGAGGAGCUGUCUGGGUAAAGUGUGACGUUGACGAGCAGUGCGAAACUGCACCUUGCGUUUAAAAGUUAAUAUUUAAUAUUUUUCUUUUUUUGCACGUCUAAAAAUCACUAGAAAAAUGCAACACGCUUCCCAAAGAUAGGAUCUCACAUCAAACCACACAGAAAAAAAGUGGGCUUUAUGAAAAAACAUUUGUAUUCUGUUUUACUUUCUCUUUAUAUCUCGCUUUAUAUUUUCUAUAGGAUUUUCAAACUCAAAAUUGCAUUAAAGUAACUAAAUCUGAAAUUCAUGCAUGACUCCUUCAACAGGUCUGGACCACUUGUACGUGAGAAGAUAUUCAAAUGUAUGUGAAUAUUCCAUGAAUGCAACAAGUUCCCCUAAAUUACUUGGACAAGCCACUUCAAUGUGUUUGAACUAGGGCUGGGCGAUAUGAGCCAAAAGUCAUAUCCCGAUAUAUUUAGGCUGAAUAUCAAUAUACUACAUAUAUCCCGAUAUUUUUAUCACAGCGUGAGAGCAAAUAUGUCCAAAAAUAAGUGAGCAUAAAUGGUGUAUAACAAUAGGAGUACCUUUUUUUCAAAUCAAAGCUCCAUAAAGUGCACAUUUAAAUAAAAAAAUAUCUUAAAUGAAAAUAGCCUAUGAAAUUAAAUAGGCCAAACUUUUUCCAAAAUAAGUGUAUUUAUAUGAGAAAAGAAUAACGAACAUUACAAAAGAACUAAAUAUGACAAACCCCAGUAAGGGCACCAUUUAUAUAUAAAGAAAGAAAAAAAAUUGAACUAUAUCGAUAUAUGCGUUAUGGUCUAAUUCCAUAUCACAUUUAAAAAUAUAUCGAUAUAUCUCUUAUAUUGAUAUAUCGCUCAGCCCUAGUUUGAACGAGUGUUUCUUGCAUAAAGACUCCUAGUUUUGCUGGUGACACAUUUCUUGUGACACGUCUCAGUGUGAUCUGGGUCUCAGUAUCUCCAAAUAAUGAGUUGAUAUUUCAAAAUGAUGAAUUACUAAGUAAAAAUGAUAUAAACAUUCUCAAAAUAUCUCUAAAUGAUCACUUAGUUUCUCAGAAUGUUUGUAUUAGGUCAAAAUCUUGAAAAAGUUUUUAAUUAUUUUGGGAUACUGAGCUUUUAUUUUGAGAAAGUUUCUCAAUGUAAUGACUUACAGGAUCUUUAUUUUCAUCCCAAGGCAAAGUUUUCAUCACAUUUUUUGUCUUUUUACUGGCAGAAACGGGCCUCCAUAUUACAGGAACACGGUCAUGCAUAUUUAGCAAGUUUAUGCUGAGGUUUGACCUCAAGGGUUGGAAAUUUAAAGGCACUGCAGCAGAGUGGCUUCUGAGUCUUCCACAAUGUAUAAUCAGCAUCAGUGAGGCCUUCACACAGAGAACCAUCUAAGUCCAGUUUAAGAUCCGUGAGGUUUUUCAAAUCCCAUUUCUUCAUGUUGGAGUGUCCAUUCAUUCAGUCAGAAAAGUAGCAUUUGUUUACAUUGUGUUGCGUUAACACUUCAAAUUAAAUAGGAGAUUUUAUCUGUUUAAAGAAAUAAAUGUAUCACAACAUGUUAUUCUUGGAUUUAACAAUUCAUUCCUGAAGACGCCCCCGUCGGCACUUAAAUCAUCUCCGGAUAUCGUGGGAGCCUCAGUGUACUGAAAGGUCAACUGACUCCACCUCGUCCAAGUCCACACUGCUAAGUUUCUGCACACGCAUUGCAACAUUUCAGUUAUGAGGAAAUAACUAAUAAAGUUGGACCAAAUUAAUGAA